GAAAAAAAGUGAAGCUUCGACGUCAAGACCUGAGAGCCGAAAAUUUGGGGGGAGAAAAAAAAAAAGAAAAAGGCUUCCCCUACUAAGAUGAAAACUCCAUCCGAUUCAAUCCGCCGUUCCAUUCUCUCUGUCUUCAUCAAAACUGCAGCCAGAUCCAGCCACUCCCGCAGUGUAUGCGUUACGACAUCGUAGCACUCCGUUGACAUCCAUCCGAUCCGGUGCUAGAAUCGGACAAGAUAAACACAUAAACCCCCAUUGUCAACUGCUGCCCACUUACCCCGUGGCACCCGUGGUAGAUUGCUAGAAAGAACCGCUUCCUAUAGGUUUUCCGGACACGAGAAGCUCCCGAGGGGUGGAUGUUUGGUUCCCAUUUGAACGUAAAAGAUGCGGAUCGAUUUCCAACCCUGCACCAAUGUAUGGCCCUCUGCUACCUGUCUCCAUCUAACCCUUUUAGCUAGACGUUCCAUCAAUGCUAUCUCAUGCGCUGUUCACCUAGCUGCUUAUCUUUUCGUUCUGCUAUAAUAAUUCCUCCCUGCCCACCCCUCUCCCCGCCGCGCCUCUUUUUCCCCCCCGAGCUAUCUUGCCAUGGCCUUGACUGCUUUGGCUGACCCAUCUUCUUCCACGCAGUAUCUUUAGCUACAUAUCAGUCUGACUUUGGCACUUAGCCCUUGGCAAGGACCUGUCGACUCGCCCGGUUCUCUAAAAAAACGCGCUGUCCUCCGUCUCCCCUGUUGCUGCGGCCGUCGCCUCCUACUCCAAGGGCCGUUCUCUCGGACCCGUCAACAAGAACCACCCCGACGCCCUGCCCAUGAUCAAGCUUGAGGGACAUUAUGAAGUUCGGAAAGCAUAUCCAGCGGCGCCAGCUCGACCUCCCCGAGUAUGCGGCCAGCUUUUUCAACUAUAAGGCCCUCAAGAAGCUUAUCAAGCAACUGAGCGCGACCCCAACGAUCCCAGCCCAGGGAGCUAGUGCGUCUCCUGCGUCGGACACUCUUGAUCCGCAGGCCGCUCUUCGGGCGAACAAGGAGGUGUUCUUCUUCCGGCUUGAGAGGGAGAUUGAAAAAGUCAAUGUGUUUUAUUUACAAAAAGAGGCUGAGUUCUCCUUACGCUUAAAAACCCUACUUGAUAAGCAACGAGUGGUUCAGUCCAAACGGUCGGUAUCAAAUUCGAAGACGCCUGCCAAUUUUGUCACCUUAUUUGAAGGUUUCCAGCAGUUCGAUGGCGAUCUGAAUAAGCUCCAACAAUUUGUUGAAGUAAAUGAAACUGCAGUUUCAAAGAUUUUAAAGAAGUGGGAUAAAACAUCAAAGUCUCGCACAAAGGAGGUCUACCUUCAGCGCGCAGUUGAAGUGCAACCGUGUUUUAACCGUGAUGUCCUCAGGGAUCUCUCGGAUCGUGCUACUACGGCACGAUUGGAGCUAGAAGCUUGGGCGGAAGGUGAAAAUAUACAGUUUGAUACUUCUUAUACUGUUGAACGAUCCAACAUUGUUCCCGAAGAGGAUGAUGCUGAUCUCCAUGCUCUUCACGCCACAUCCACCGGAAACCUUUCAGUAUUGCGGGACUGGAUCUCAAAAUUGCAGUCUUCCCAGGAUGCCGGCACCCGGGUUACGCGCAUAUUUCUAGCUGCGUUAAAUGAAUUCCCGGAUGAGAUCCUUACACUACUUCUUGAUACAGGCCUAGUGGAUAUGCAUGCUGAAGAUGACAUCAACGAGAGAAAUUGUUUGCAUGAAGCAGCUAUCUCAGGACGGGAAUUUGUCCUACGAGCUGCGCUGGAGCGCGGAGUUGACGUUUCACACCCAGAUGUUUACGGGAGGAUACCGCUACAUUAUGCUUGCAUGCACGGCCGGGUUGAAAUGGUUCGAGCUCUCGUUAAUGCUGGGCCAACCACUGUCGAUUUCAUGGAUCAUGAUAAUUUCACUCCUUUGAUUCACAGUAUUAUUCGAGACCAGCUCUCUUGCGUGGAACAGCUCCUCUCCCACCAUGCACGUAUCAAUCCAGCAUCAGACUCGGAUCAUAUUCCUUUGAACUUGGCAUGCCAACACGCAUCUUUACCGAUCAUACGCAUGCUUUUGGAACAAAAUGCCAAACUACUUCCGGAUGCUGAAGGCUUAUACCCGCAACACUUGGUGGCACGGUCCUGUCGGGCUCCGGAAGUGAUCCUCCUCCUGAAAAGUCACGGUGCGGACCUUGAUCAAAAAGACAAGCUCUAUCAAUGGACUCCACUAUUUCAUGCCGCCAGUGAAGGAUGCGUUAGCUGUCUGCGGACACUCCUAGAUAGUGGUGUUGAUGCCGACACUCUGGAUGAAAAAGGUUUCCCCGCGAUGUAUUAUGCCGUCUGGGAAGGUCAUCUAGAAUGUAUGAUCCUUCUAUGGUCGAGACAGACCAGCUCGAGGCUCUCCCAACCAAGGCUCAAUACCCUCAACGGACCCAAUUUCCGCGACGCUGCCUCAAUGACUUCUCCAGCUCUUGCAGAACAUCCGGGUCCCGGGGGAAUGGAUGGCGAUGGUAUUCCGGACUUAUCGUUGCCUCCCCCCAUUAUUCCCCUACGCCGUUACGGGCAUAAUUUCCUGGAUAACAAAACAUUCCUCCAGAUCUGCUUUGAGCCAGCCCCGUCGGAGCCAAUUCUGUUCUACCAAGCGGGUCGUUACGCUGCUGCCAGACUGAUCAUAUCAUCCAAGAUGUCAGACCUGAUUCCGCGGAAUAUCAUGUUGCCUUUGCAAGAGGAUUCCAGGGCUAUAUCGUUCCAAAUUGACCGGCUGGACAAUUUUGCCCUUGAGUUUGAGAUCUUCCCUACAUUUGGCUCUAAGGUAAUCGCGAAAACAGUCGCUCUGCCGGAUCUCUUUACGGGAGGCAUCCGAAGCUCGGGUUCCUACUGUCUGCCUCUUUUUGAUCCAAGGUUACGGCCAAUCGGCGAAAUGAAGUUUAGCUUCCAGGUGAUAAAGCCGUACUACGGAGAGCCUCUUGAAAUAACGCAUUUUGCGACCUAUUGGAAGGCCACUAGCUCUCUAGAUUCCGAUCAUAAUGGGCAAGUCACUGGUUCGAGCUUAUCGGGAGAUUAUGUUCAACUCUUUAUUCAGUUGACAGCGGACAAUGUUCCGGUUUUAUACCCAGAAUUUACUGUCAACCAUCAUGGCAUUGAAAUUCCAAUCUGCCACUUAACCUACGAACAGUUCAAGCUUGUGGGGAACGAACGUCACGCUCAAAUGCAGUCCAGUGAAUCGGCUUUGCUUCAUUCAUUAGAUGCAAUGAGUAUCGAUGAUCUAGCUCAUGUCCAUCGAGUCCUCGCGACAUCAUUUCUACCUUUGCGAGAAGUUCUUGGGCACCUUCCGACCAAUAUUCAUGUCAACCUUUGCAUCCUAUACCCCUCUAUCGCUGAUGAGAAAGAGUUUGGUUUUGGGCCACAAACUGAUGUGAAUGUUUUUGCCGACUCUAUUCUCGCCGAAGUGUUCCAUCACGCCAGAGCGUCCAAAGAAAAUGACCCAUAUUUUAUGCGCUCCAUUGUGUUCACCUCGUACAAUCCUAACAUUUGUAUUGCGUUGAAUUGGAAGCAGCCGAAUUUUCCUGUCGUCCUUUGCAAUGACCUUGGGCAGAUUCGCGACCUAACACGGGAUUCAACCUCGCAGCCGUUGAUUCGCUGUAGCGGACGCGCCUCGAUGUCCAUCAAAGAAGCGGCUCGAAUUGCCCAGAGCAAUAAUUUCAUGGGUUUAAUGUGUCGCUCAAGUCUAUUGAAUGUUAUGCCUGCGCUCGUCGAAUCCAUCAAAGAACAAGGACUUGUUCUCGUGGCGGACACAUCCGAUGAAGCCGGCGAAAGAAGUCGACCCGGUGCUCCGGUUAGAACCGAGUGGGCAUAUCGCAUGCCGACAGGCGUCAAUGGCGUAAUGAGAGGGACUGGUGUCUUGCGGUUUAACGACAGCAUUGAUAUGUGAUUUACGAUUCUGGUUCUACUCGAGAAUUUUUGACAUCCCAUUUUAAUAAUGGCUGAGUGGUGAUUGGCUUUUCUGGGCUUACUUCCAUUAGUACGAGCUGUGCGUUCCUUUUUUUUCCCUUUCUCUCAGUUUAUUUAUAGGGGUUGUGGCAAGUUUUUUGCGGUUGAUAUGGCCUUUGAUCUUCGAUAUGCCCUUUAGCCGGCCCCCUUACACCCCAACCUUCCCAACGGAUCUUUGUGGUUCCUCAUCAAUCCAGUGUAUGGAAGCUCCAAAGCUCGAAAGUGAUGCCAUGACCGCGGCGUUUAUUGGUCGCUGGGUUAGCGAAUAUCGAUCUUUGGUGUAGUUA